UGACGAACGAGGGAAUGUAAAACUAGCGCACGGUAUAUUCGCGUGCUCGAGUGGCGGCAUAUUCGCGUGACCGCCGUACUCCACAAUACAUUUUCUUUUGGCAACGCAGCAACAGUUUCGAUCGAUCGAUGCGAGAUUCGUCCUGCGGUAGAACCCCACGAGGAUAAGAAGGAAGGACACUUUUUUCUCUUUAAAAGAUCUUUUUUCUACUGAGGAACAGCUAGGCUCCUCAGGUGAGGGAAGUGAGCGAGAAAUCGGGAGAGUGGGGCGGCUCAUUUAAUCCACUGGACCGUCCCUCUGACUUGGGUCUUUGCUGGAUUUGCGACCCACGAUGGAUUUUUGGAGCUGUUGGAUUUGAGCUGCUGCUCCUGUCUCGAUCCGUGGCUGCCAGGCUAGAAUCCGCCCCUCUUGGAGAAGCUGUUGUGUCUGGAUGCGAUGGAGAGCGUCAAGGCUGGCGAGAGCUACGACUCCGACGAGUGGAGCAGCAGCCACGGGGAGGAGGAGGAUCACCAGUCUGUUGGAAUCAAGUGCGACAAUGGGUGGGACGAAGAAGAGGCUGAAAAAUCAGAAUGCACGUCCCAGUCUUCGUGGGACGAGGAAGAAGACGAGCAGGACGAGGUGCAGAGCUUCUUGGAAGAGACUCCAGAGUUCCGUGCUAAAGUUCAGUACCAAGUCAGGGUGGUGGCUCUUAUCCCCGGAUUCGAGAACUCGGGUCGCAAGGUCUCUACGUUUCCACACUUUUACAAGCUUCGUUUUGGGAAGAGUUUACUGGAGAAGACUGGAUUCAGCUCUGCUGAUCUCCUGUGCAAGUCGAUGCCGCACGUAAUCCAGCGACAGGCUCUGGACGAGCACGGCCAAGUUCUGUUGGUGGAAUCGCCCAAGAACACGAGGAUUGUUGCUGGUAUAAGGUCGGGGCUGAGGAGGAUUGUGUUCCACGUACUGAGGCAGUAUCCCAAAGGGGUGAGCGCUGGCAUUCUCGACGAGGAAUGCUCCAAGUUGCUGGCCCGGCCUCUUUCCGUUGUUCUGAGCGAGCUCACAUAUGACACUCCCAACGUAGAGUGCAUGGUGCGAGACAUGGCAGACAUUGCCAGCUUCAGGCAGCUUUCUACUCCAGGAGGAUCAAGAGUCUUUCUGUCGAGCGAGGCUGAAGAUCCCACGCUUACCGACGGGAUUUUAGUCGGCGUUCCCCGGUUGCAUCACUCGAGCAAGGAGAAUGGCGAUUCGCAUGUCAAUGAAGCUGUCGCUGAGAUAAACGACAUUUUGCAAGCGAGGUUCAAGAUGAUCGUUUUGCUGGCACUCCAUAGUCGGGGCUUGGAGAUAAACAGGUUGCAAAAGACGUUCGCAGAGCUGUACACAGAAAAUCUCGACUGUAGAGUUCUGGGAUUCAGCCACAUCGAGGAGUUGCUUGGUGCUUGGACGGAUAUCGCGCUCGUGCAAGAAGAGACACGCAAGGUUUUUCUACGUCCGUCAGAGAAGAACAGCCGGCUGCUAAAGACUUUGAGCUCCGGGCUCCGUUUGGCCGUCUUCUCAACGUUGCUGAAAUGCUAUCCUGAUGGUCUGGAGCCGGCACAGGUGGUAAGCCACCUCCAGCAGUCUCAGAUUUUGGAAGCGUAUGGAGAAGAGCUGGAGCUGCAUCAGUUUUGUUUUGUGGUCGACGACAUGAUGGACUUCAUUAGAUUUGGCUCUCAGGAGGACGGGACUCUCGUUCUCAAGCUCAGAGAUUCCAGCUUCCCUGUGGUGGAACUUCCAGAGUGCAGCCAAGCCGAUGACGACGAGAUUGCAAAGCUUUGCUUGGAAGGAGAGGAGAGCGCCGCCAGUCCUAAGGUGGUGCAACUCGCGGCCUUGUACCCUCCAGUGGUGGAAGUGGAAAAUGACGACGAUAAUGGUGACGGGGAAAUGGAGACUAGCGGUGAAGCUCUGGAGCAGCAGCUUCGACUCAUUCUCGGAUCCCCAGCUCACGCCGAAAGCGGUUUGCUGUUACCAGAUCUCGUCUCAGUCUACAAGGAAAGAAGCGGACGAUCUCUCAACGCAACUCAGGUGAAGAGCUUCGCCUCUAGAACGCCGGGCCUGCUGCGGAUGAGCAACGAUCGCGUGUGGCUCAUCGACAGCCCGAGAAACUCGAGGAUCGUGUGGGUGACAAGAGCAGGAUUAAGGCAGGUUCUCUACUGGGCGCUGGUGAAGAAUCCCGGUGGCGUUUGGAGCGAGCUGCUGGAAGGCUGGUUCACGGAUUUCACAGGCUACAGUCUGGAAGCUAUUCUUCGCAGGCACGGGUACCGAGCGUCCAGCAAAGAGCCACUUCUGCCGGUUUGCGAGUUCCUGCACGACAUGGGCGAUCUUUGCAAGGGCCACAGCAACAGGACGGUGGAGUUUUUCACCCUGGCUGGCGGACGUGUGGAGGAUCCGGUGGAGGGCGAUAGCAGGCUCUUGGGAUUGAGCUCCGGAGAGAUCGAGUACAAUCCAGUGAAGCUGUGCUUGGAGCUUGACAAGGCGGUGCGUGGCCGACUUGGUGCCGGAGAGAAAGAGGAAGACGGACAACACAGCGAGAUUUCCAUGGAGCAAGAGCCAUUCCCGGAAGAAAGCGAAGAAGAAGAAGAGGAAGAAGAAGAAGAGGUGGAGGAGAAGAGUAAUGGCUAUGAUCCUCCCAAGGCUUACGCAACACCUCUUGUUGUGCCAUCGUAGCAGCCACAUUGGGAGUUUUCUCUUCUGGAUAUCUUCUGUCAAGCGAUGGAAGAUGUUCAUCGCAAGCGUCUAAAAAAUAAUCACUUACCAAGUGAAAGAACUCUAAAUGCUGCAAUGGCUACGAUGCUUUCUAUGGGCGCCAAGGCUCCACUUUCAAGUAUUUUCUUAUCGAUGGAGUUCUACGAUCUCUUUCAACUCUACACAUGCGUUUAUAUAGAAUACGAGAGAAGGAAAUCCAAAGGAUGAGGAAGCGCGUGGAGGAGGUGCAAAUUGGUACGAGUAUCACGUAAUCAUUAAAAUAUGUAAUUCUAGUGGU